UACAGUCGGUACUGGAAACUUCUCAUCACCUCAACCGAGUCAGGAUUCCAGCCGUACAUUGCAGAGGUUCAACUUUACGGCAAUACAGGGACCGGUGCGCCAUUUUCGUCCAUCGAGCCGUACUACGAAUGUGAACGAAAUAUGUCCUUCUACGUCACCCAGUCCAGUACCGGAGUCCUGUCUAGCGGAUCUGCCCGGUAUUACAACAGCGACACCGUUUGCAGUUGGACCGUGACAGCAACCGAAAACCUGACCCUGGCGCUCACCUUUAUGACCCUUGACCUCGCCGAUCAUGGCGACUGCGAGUUCGACUAUGUCGCUGUGCAUGACGGGAACAGUUCUGCAGCGCCGUUGCUAGGGAGAUUUUGUGACAGCGCUCCAACAGUUACUACAACGGGCAGCAGCAUGACUGUUGUCUUUGUCACAAACUCUACUGCUGAGUCGACAGGUUUCCGGGCUACUUUCCAUCAAGUUGGAUAUGAUCAGGAUAUUUCAACUGUUGGAUAAGGGAGAACAACCGAUGUUUUUGCAGUCACGGAAUCACCACAAACAACGGCAGAGGUGUACCCAACACACGGAGGUACCACUGACGCAGUGGAAUUCACUACAGGACAGGACGAUGUAACAACCCAGUUGAAUGAACGUUACGUUGGUACAGUUGUCACAGAAGAAUAUACCACAGAUUCAGUCUUUUCUACUAUGAAGGAGAUCACACAUGUCGUGCCAUCCACCGCUACUCAGCCUGACCACACUACUACAACAGUGCAGAGCUCCACAGUCACUGAAACACCAACAUGUGAAAGAGAAGGGUACGAAUGGAAUGGGACACACUGUGCAGAUGUGGACGAAUGCACGAGAGGCGAUCACACCUGUCCCAAAGAGCACACAUGUCUGAACGCGGAUGGAUCUUACUGGUGCUUCCCGUGCGUCGCCGCGGUGUCCGUGAGUGGCGGUGGGUCCAACAUGUCGUCUGCACUGACUGUUCUGAGGAGAUUCCCUCUGCAGCUGCAAGCACACGUGUACCUGGCAUGUAAAUCCGAAAACUACAAACUCAACUACAAAUGGUCUGCAUUUCAACAGAAGAAGAACAGACAUGAAUAUAAUCUAGUACCCAUUCUGUUGCCUGCAAGUGUAGAGACGGCAAUGCCAGAACUCGUAAUCCCGAAGAAUGUUCUGCCAUAUGGGAAUGUCCUUUUGGUCAUCAAUGCAACACUAACAGAUGAACGGUCGGACUGGCUCAAGAUGUCUCAGCAGGCAGAGCGGUGGGUCCGAGUCAGCCCGUCACCGUUAGUGGCUGAUAUUGUUGGCGGAGCAGCCAGAUCAGUAGCUGAAGGUUCGGACAUCGUGCUGAAUGCCUCUUCUUCCUAUGACCCUGAUGGGAUGAUACAGGCUUCAUUGUUGAAGUACAAUUGGUCAUGCGUGGCUAGGCAACAGCUAGAAAGAAACAAUCGCAGCAAAGAUUUGUGUGAUGAAGUCUUCAACAAUGGACUAUCCAGUCCCCUCCAACACAUCAACCACACAAAAAUGCCCCCUGGCGAGACUACAUUCAACUUCAACGUCACAGUGAGCUAUCCGGGACGACAACCCGUGUGGUACACCCAGACGCUCUGGAUAGUGGAGAAAGGUUCGCCUAUUGUCUUGAUCAGUUGUCAGUCUAACUGCAACAGAAGAGCGAACCCCUCAGAGAGGCUGGUCUUAGUGUCCACGUGUUCCAACUGUGAGCUGGACAGCGGUGUGUCCUACAACUGGACGUUAGUUCGGGCGCCAGCAGGAUUCGGCCGCAGCGAUUUGAACUGGGACGACGAGAGCAUCACGGGAAGACACCUCCCUGAUCUUGUCGUCCGAUCUGGUGUUUUCACGGUCCCCGGUAACUAUGUGUUCAGAGUCGAAGUGUCCCUAGAAGACGGUCGACGUGGAUUUGCGGAGUACAGUUUUAUGACGAACGAACCGCCAACAGUAGGAUCCUGCACCGUCACCCCUUCUGUAGGAACAGCCAUGGUCACAGCCUUCUCUGUAACAUGCAGCGGGUUCCGUGACCAGGACACCCCGCUGACGUACACCUACCUGUACAGCACAGGUGGAGAAAGGCUGGCGUCACUCAGCACCACAGCAGGGGAGAUGUUCUCUCUUCUGUACAGCGGAACGGCUUCAACUAUGGCGCCACAACUUCUGCCGGUUGGUCAACCGUCACGUGACUACAACGUCACCCUGAAGAUUCGUGUAUCGGACGCAUUAGGAGCGACGUCAUCAGUUAAGCUGUAUGUACAGGUCAAUGACCUCCCAGCUGAAGAAUUCGCUGCCGUUGCCGGACGGUUGACAAGCGGAGAGGACAGCACGCUGUACAGGCUUGUCCGGGCAGGAGACCUCCAGGCGGUGUUACAGCUGUCCCGCAGUGUCUCGUCUGUCCUCAACUCUGCUCGUCAGAACAUGACGACUGCGGAGACUGAGUCUUUUACAAAGAUACGCACCGCCAUGGUGGCCGGCCUGUCCAAGUUCCAGCCCAGAUCCGUGUCUUCUGUCAACUCGCUUGCAGCAAGUAUAAAUGUAAUGACGGGAUCAUCACAUGCUGUGGAGAAGGCAAACCGUACAGGAGACGCUGUAGAUCGAGAGAAGAUGCAGAAUGUCCAAAAGUCCACAACAUCAAUUAUCGACGCCAUGAGUACUGUGAAUGACCUUCUACUUCGUGGGAAGAGGCCGAACGAGAAGCCGACAGUGUUUGUUCAGGACGAGUUUGAAAUGUCUCUGACGAAACAGAGAUGCCGGAACAUGGGUGCCCAGAUAGUCAGCACUUCCGGUGGGGCUGGUCAAACUGGAAGUUGGUUCCGCAUUCCUGACGCUUCUGUUCUUUUUGGGGAGGCGUGUUUUGAUUCUGUUGGGUCAGAGAACUACCAAACGACGUUGAAUCCCUUCGGCUAUGCCAGUAACGCCGACAUGGUCAAGUCGUCAGUAGCCGCUCUACAGUUCCGUACGGAGCGGGGUGCCCUGCCGGUACACAACCUGACUCAGCCCGUGGAGGUGGUGACGCCGCGGAAGGACGGGGCGGUGACUGUCCGGACAGAACGGGCGGCCACUGCACCCAUUGGCCAUAAUCUACUAACGGUUCAUAAGUUUAACGUGACCGGGGAAGGCUCCGUGCAUAUCACCCUGCAGCCGGAUGAGGACAACGCCACCGUCCGCCUAUAUCUUCGUCACCAGGCCCCGCCGACCAGGUCAACGUUCAACCGGACCUACACACUUCCACAGCCCCCUGAACAGCUCUACAGUAUCCCGAUAGACAAUACAAAGGACAUUCGUGCAGAUCCAUAUACUGUACACAUUCCAAUGGACGAGAUGCCCGAGGAGGCUGGGGAAGGAGAAUACUAUCUUGGUGUGGAAUACAUGUACAUCCCAAGAAACGACAGCGAAGAUGAUCCAUUCUGGGACGACACUGACCAAGACAUCAGAGAACAUAACGUCACCUUGAACUACACUAUCAAGAUCUUCGCUUCUAAAUGCCUCUACUUUGAUGUUAACACGCACCUGUGGAAAUCAGAUGGUUGUAAGGUUGGCCCCUUAACAAGUGAGAGUCAGACUCACUGCUUCUGCAACCAUCUGACGGCCUUCGGCUCUGACUUCCAAUUUUUCGUGGCGCCGAACUCUCUAAACAUCUUGGAGGCUCUGAAGGACUUUAAGAACAUCCACGACAACCCUGCCGUGGUGUCUACAAUAGGGAUCAUCGUAGGAAUUUAUCUGCUUCUUAUUCUGUGGGGACGGAAAAAAGACAUGGAUGAUGCAAAGAAGAUGGGGGCCACAAUUCUGGGCACCUCUACAAAAGGCGGCGGCUUGUACCAGAUAGUGGUGUUCACUGGAACAAGAUCCAACUCUGGUACUACUGCAAAGGUUUCUCUUAUUUUUUACGGUGAUUUUGGAGAAUCCGGUCCCCACACAUUGGAGGACUCCAACCGCCUGACGUUCGCCCGGGGAGGAGUCGACACCUUCCUGGUCACUACGUCACUUCCGCUGGGGGCCCUGAGUCAUCUUCACGUGUGGCACGACAACUUUGGCCAUGACCCUUCGUGGUAUCUGGACAGAAUCAUCGUGACGGAUAUGCAAGAGGACGCGAGAAGCAUCUUCGUAGGAGACACCACCUUCACACGAGUAGAGCGCAUCUCCUGCUGCCUGUCCCUGCUGCUCUGCACCAUGGUAACCAACAUCAUGUUCUUCGGGAAGGGAGAAACUUUCCACCGGCCUCCUCCCCUGGACAUCAUGGGAUUCCAGGUCCAGCUCCCGAUCUCAUGGGCAGAGGUCAUCAUCGGAAUAGAGAGUGCCCUUCUGGUAUUUCCCGUGAACUUGGUGAUAGUACAGAUCUUCCGACACUGUGCGCCCAGGUCUUCUCGAGGACAGAAUAAAUCAGGUAAUGGUUCUAAGAAGCCAAGAGGCUGUUUGCUACCGUGGUGGUUCAUUUUCUUUGCCUGGUUCCUGGUGCUGGGCUCCUGUGCUGCCUCGGCGUUUUUCACCAUCCUGUACGGGUUCGAGUACGGGCGGGAGAAGGCGGAGGCGUGGCUCCUCACCUUCCUCACGUCAUUCUUCUUCGAUAUCCUCAUCACACAGCCCAUCAAAAUCGUGCUCAUCGGACUGUUCAUCGCACUCAUCAUGAAGGUACCACAGAACACCGCGCCGCCUGACAGUGCCGAACUGGACAUAGCUCGAGAACGGCGUUUUGUGGAGAUCGGACUGCGACAGGCUCUGCACGACCUGGGGUUCUACCUUCUCUACAUCCUGGUGCUGCUUGUGGUUGCCAAUGGCAACCGUGACGCCAACAUGUACCACAUGACUCGCAAUAUAGAGAACAUAUUUGUAUCCUCGUUUAAAGGGGAGCCUUUUGUUGAAAUUGUUGACCACUGCACCCCACCAUACACCAUGUGGGAUAAAGACGACGAAGUCUAUGACGUUGGUUGGCUGAGACCAGACCUUAUCAAUGGCAGCCUUAGUACUGUGGACACUUCUGACAACCUGUCACCAUGGAGAUAUCGUCGACCUUCGCUGAAAGCGGCGGUACCUCACCCUGGAAAGCACGGCUUCUACGACGGAGGAGGCUACGUGUCAGAACUCACGAACAUUACCGAGAUGGACGUGACCAUGGCUGAACUUGAAUCGUCGGGUUGGAUCGAUCACAAAACCCGAGCCGUGUUUAUAGAGUUCAUCGUGUACAAUCCCAACUGUAACCUGUUCUCCGUCGUCCUAAUGUUGGCGGAGUUCACGGCUUGGGGAAAGGUGGAUACAAGCAACAACGGUCAGGUUAUAAUGUACACAACGACUUGGAGUUACGUUAUCCUUGGGUUUCAAAUUAUCUUCGUCUUGGUCACCCUCUACUACUUCUUUAAAGAAAUGAGAAAACUACUUUUGCUAGGACCGGGCUACUUCAAGAUGUUUUGGAACGUUGUGGACCUGUGCGUUUGCAUGCUGUCUCUUGCUGAGAUCGGGGUGACACUUUACACGUCAUACCUGCUCGUCGACUUCAACAGACCAGGGAGUCAAAAAACAGCCCAAACAACUUACGACCAGUACCGCCAGGCCGCUAGUUGGUACGAAAUAAACACGUACGUUCUCGGCUGUCUGGUUUGCGUCGCGACAUUGAAACUUCUAAAACUGUGUCUCUUUAACAAGUUUGUGGAACGUGGGGCAAAGGUCACCAAGAUGGCGGCUCGGCCUCUGUGCGGAUUCAUGCUCAUAUUUGCCAUCGUGUUUUCCUCGUUUGCGAUGUUAGCGUUCCUUUUGCUCGGUGCCUCUCUAGAAGGGUACAGCUCGUACAUAUCCACAAUGCAGACCAUGUUACAAAUGAUGCUUGGAUCAUUUGACUACUAUGAUGUAGAGGGCGCGCACGGGAUUCUGGGACCCACAAUGCUGUUUGGUUUCCUGUUCUUCUUUAACUUCAUCAUCAUCCUGAUGUUCCUCGCCAUCUUGGACGAGGCCUAUCAUUCUGUCAAAAACGAAGAGAGGGUACAAGGAAAAUCCAUCAAUCAAAAGAUCGCAGAUCUUGCUUACAGACGCUUCGAAAAUCUCUUUCAACGAAGAAACUUUACAAACGUAAGAAAAUGCGUCAAAGAUGUGCCAGAUACCGCUGGGGAAGAGAACAUUAAUUUUUCCUCUCUUGGAGGAGAGAACUCUGCUUCUGAGGUAAUUUAUGGGAAACCUCACAAUGAAUCUUCACAAACAAGUAGAAGCUUCUUUGAUCUCGUGCGUGGUUGGAGGGGUGAGAGGAGGUCAUCAAAUUGUCAGAUUCGUCUUCUUCACUACAGACCAACAACAGACAUUGAAGCGAGAGACUGCACUGUUUGUUCAGAUCGCUCCUUGGAGUACCUUACAGAACAAACAUCCACGGAGACAAGACUGUAGACUCAAUUGAACUCAUAACUGGAGAAUCGUACAAAUCAUUGAGAAGUACACACGGCAUCUGGAACUCUAGCUGUUCUAGCUUCUUCUACCAGUUAGUCUUUUUGAUCUUACCAAGAGAAAAUAUAUAGCCU